CGCUUACGCAUAUAUUGCUUUUUACUACAUUGGAGAUUAUUUCAACUGUGCCGAGAAGGCUGGCCAUGUUUUUCUGACUAUCUGUGAAAAUAUGAGGGAUAAUAAAGUCUUCAAAGAUGCGGACUCGGCAAUUGAAUCCGUUAUAGAAAACGUUGAUUGGUUGACACAAGAUGUACAAACUUUAGCGGCGUUAAGAGAAGCUGGCGUUUCCAUUUUGCAAGGACCAGGGGCCGAAAUGAAAACCGUUUAUACGUCCGCGGCACUCUCCGAGCUCCACCGAUUGCUAGCAGCAGCGAAGAAAGAAAUUUUAACCUGCAAGAGGAACAUCAAACAAAAGAAUUCACAAAGAGAUUUUCGCAGAGACAUAGCGAUGACCCAAACCUGUCGAGAAAGAGUAUACUUCUGUGCUUGAAGAAGCUGGAAUAUUAUUUAUCAUGGGUAAAAAGCGCCGGGACAGGAGUCUUUUGUAAAUGCAAAGUUAUUUAUUGAUAUACUGUAUUGAUAUACAUCGUGGUCAUUUAUUAAAAUAAAAAAUAAUAUUCUAUUAAUAUAUCAUUUAAAUUAAUGACUCUAUCUCUAAUUCUUCUCCCUACGUUUCUUUCUUUCUUUUCCUCUACGCACCGUUAAUCCCGCGAGAGUGACUUAACGAGGAACACGAUCAAAGCGCGUACCGCUGAGAGGUCAAACGAGAAUUCGUAGCGCAUCGGUGUGCUGUGAAUGAACGUACGUCUUGAGCGAAGACGUGUACAUAUGCCGGCGUUACGUGUGUAUGCAUACGUUUCUCCAGUGUAGCCAGUCAAGGAGUAUCCGAUGGUGUCGCUUGAUAAUUCGCUCGCGAGCCUAGGAGCCUCGAUGAUCGCGAGAAUCUUCCUCGCGAUCGCUCUUCUUUUCCUCUUUUUUUACGUCAGCCUUGCUUUUACGCUACGAGUGUGUAUGUGUGUAUAUGUGUACGUGUAUUAGUUUUAAUCUUUCUCCUUCCUUCUGAUUUACGUUUCUAUCUCAAUCGUCAGUUGACUUAAUUGUACACGAUAUAGUUAUAUUAUACAAAAUAUGCACUUCAAAAAUAUCCGACGCCACGAACCUUUUGAACCACAAAAUGCUCACGCACUGCCACGUUAUUACUAAAGUCGUUUUAAAUAGAUGGCGAAGAAAAAGGUGGGAAAGGGAGGCAGAUCGGGGUGGCCGAGCAAAGGAGCGGUGGCGGGGGUGAGGGGAGGAAAAGGAGGAGGAGGAACUUACACUUAGAGUUUUACAAUACUUAGAGCUGAUAUAACACUGGCAAUAGUCGUGUCAU